AUGGCGCACGGGCCUGACAUCCCCUUCUGGUCGAUCCCCGCUGGGGAGGUGACCAGGAGGCUGGACGUGAGGGCGGAUCGCGGGCUGGGGGGCCAAGAGGUGGGGAAGCGGCGGGCGGAAUACGGGUUCAAUGAGCUGAAGAAGGAGCCCAAGAAGCCCCUGUGGAAGCUCGUCCUUGAGCAAUUCGACGACAUGCUCGUCAAGGUCCUCUUGCUGGCCGCCGUGGUGUCGUUCGCGCUGGCGUACUUUGAGGACAACUCGGAGGUCGACGGCCUGCGGGCGUACAUCGAGCCGUUCGUGAUCCUCCUCAUCCUGAUAAUAAACGCCGUCGUGGGCGUGUGGCAAGAGUCGAAUGCCGAGGCCGCCCUGGACGCUCUCAAAGAGAUGCAGAGCGAAACCGCCAAGGUCAUCAGAGACGGGUCCCGGAUCUCAGAUCUGCCUUCAAGGGAGCUGGUACCAGGCGAUAUAAUCGAGCUGACAGUUGGUGACAAGGUACCGGCAGACUCUCGAGUUGUCAAACUCAACACUGCUUGCGUAAAAGCAGUGCAGGCUUCCCUAACGGGAGAGCCUGUUGCUGUUGAGAAGACGAUCGACCCAGUGCCUGACCCGGACUGCGAGCUGCAGCUGAAGGAAUGCAUGCUGUUCGCGGGGACAGCGAUCACCACAGGUACUUGUGUGGCUGUUGUCACGGGCACUGGGAUGAAGACUGAGAUCGGCAAGAUCCAGGAGCAGAUCAGUCAGGCUGCUGAGGAGGAAGCUGACACUCCCCUGAAACAGAAGCUGAACGAAUUUGGCGAGCUGCUCGCACAGGUCAUCUUCUACAUCUGUGUGACAGUGUGGCUCAUAAACUACCAUCAUUUCUUGAGCUGGGAAAGCACACCAGGCAGCUCUCUUCCUAACUUGUCUACAGUGACCUUUUCGUUGGGCAAAUGCACCUACUACUUCAAGAUAGCAGUCGCCCUGGCAGUAGCUGCGAUCCCUGAGGGCUUGCCUGCAAUUAUCACCACCUGUCUUGCCCUCGGAACUCGGCGGAUGGCAAAGAAGAAUGCCAUUGUCAGGAAGUUGCCCUCUGUUGAAACACUGGGAUGUACAACUGUCAUAUGCUCAGACAAGACUGGCACCCUCACGACCAACCAGAUGUCCUGCGUCCAACUCGUUACCCUUGGCGCGCUACCUGGGGAGUUGAAAGACUAUCCAGUGUCAGGACAUACGUUUGACCCAGACUCAGGGUCAGUCACUGGGUUGAAAAAGUUCAACAAGGCCGUUGAGGCAGUGGCGCAAGUCUGUGCUCUGUGCAACGAUGCUCGCAUAGAGUGGAAGUCGGGCACCUUCAGGGGCGUUGGCGCCCCAACAGAGGCGGCCCUAGUGGUGCUCACAGAGAAAUUGGGUGUGCCUGACCUGACUGAACAGCAGACCAUCGUGUCAAAGAGGAAGAGUGAUCCAGAGAACCACCCUGAUGGUGCGACUCUGGCAUAUGCUGCAAGGUUCAAGAGAAGGGCUGUGCUGGAGUUUGACCGAAAGAGGAAAUCGAUGAGUGUGCUGUGUGCCAACGCUGGCCAGUCCAAGAACAUCCUGUUUGUGAAGGGGGCAGCUGAGUGUGUAGUCGAGAGGUGCAGCCGUGCGAUGCGGGAGGAUGGCUCAAUCGUGCCACUGGAUGAUAAGUUGAAAAAGCAGAUCCUUGUGUCUGUGGAGAACAUGGCCAAGAAGGCCCUCAGGUGCCUGGCCCUUGCACAGAAGACAGAUCUGGGCGAGCUGGCAUCAUACGAUGGGGAGACACAUCCAGGCCAAAAGACCCUCCACGAUACUGAGAACUAUGCAGCAGUUGAGUCUGACAUGGUGUUUGUGGGCCUGGCGGGCCUGAGGGACCCACCCAGGCCAGAGGUCAGGCAGUCCAUCGCUGAGUGCAAGGAAGCUGGCAUACGGGUGAUUGUCAUCACAGGAGACAACCAAAUCACAGCUGAGGCAAUAUGCAAGGACAUCGGUGUGCUAUCUGGCGGGUCAGUGGCAAAGGGGUCCUCGAUGACAGGUCGCGACUUCAUCAACCAGCCCAGGAGCAAGCAAGUCAAGAUAUUGUCUCAGGGUGGUGGGGUGGUGUUCUCUCGUGCAGAACCCAAGCACAAGCAGGACAUUGUGCGCCUGCUGAAGGACAUUGGAGAGGUCACUGCCAUGACUGGUGACGGCGUGAACGACGCACCCGCCUUGAAGCUGGCAGACAUUGGGAUCGCGAUGGGCAUCGCAGGGACUGAGGUAGCAAAGGAGGCCUCUGACAUGGUUCUGGCGGAUGAUAACUUCGCAACGAUCGUCAAUGCUGUUGGAGAGGGUCGUUCAAUUUACAACAACAUGAAGGCAUUCAUCCGUUACAUGAUCUCGUCUAACAUCGGUGAGGUGGCGUCCAUCUUCUUCACUGCUGCCUUGGGCCUUCCCGAGGGCCUCAUUCCUGUUCAGCUUCUGUGGGUCAACCUGGUAACGGAUGGGCCCCCUGCCACGGCACUAGGAUUCAACCCCCCAGAUCUGGACAUCAUGGAGAAGCCACCACGGCUGCGUGAUGAGCACUUGGUGACGCCCUGGCUGUUCUUUCGGUGGAUGGUCAUUGGGCUGUAUGUGGGAUUUGCCACGGUGGGAGCCUUUGUGAGCUGGUACAUGUAUGAGCGUGUCCUCUUCAUCGACCUGUCCCAGGAUGGCCACUCCACAGUGACCUGGGACCAGCUGACUCACUGGGAGGAGUGCCCCACCUGGGAGGGCUUCACUGUGUCCAACUACACGGCCCUUGGCCAGACUUUCACCUUCCCUGACCCCUGCGACUACUUCGACGAGGGCAAGGCCAAGGCGACCACACUGUCCCUCUCCGUGCUGGUGGCGAUCGAGAUGUUCAACGCGCUCAACGCCCUCUCGGAAGACAACUCGCUGGUCCAGAUGCCGCCCUGGUGCAACCCCUGGCUGCUGGUGGCGAUGAGCCUGUCCUUUGGACUGCACUUUGUUAUCCUGUACGUGCCCUGGCUUGCAGCGAUCUUCAGCAUCGUGCCGCUGUCAGUGAACGAGUGGAUGCUGGUGCUGCUGUUCGCCCUCCCGGUGAUCCUGAUCGACGAGGUGCUGAAAUAUGUGGGGCGGCAGUUGAACCGAGCGGCAAAGGUGAAGCUGGAGUGA